AAGUGGAAAUUCAGUGACGUUACCUUAUUAUACACACAAAACUAUUCCUCGAGACUUAAAAUCAUAUACCAGAAAGUGACCGUCGAUGGAGGGGACGUGGAGCAUUUCCUAUGGGUGCGGACGAAACAAGGCGAACAACAGUCGCUCUCUCCGUCUGACGUGUUUUUCCCCUCGAUUUCGGCCAAUCAGCGGCCGGCAAAAUGAGUAUCGAUUGACGCAGUCGUGUGACGCAGCUCCCGUGUAAUCGGAAAAAUGUUACAAAGAGUGUUGUUUUGAUAGUGUAGGAGAAGGAGAAAGGCAAGUUGGAAGCUCUGUCUUCGUAGAAACGUUUGAGAAAUUGCCAGUUAGUGCGGAUUUUGCGUUAAAAAGCCGUGAACUCGUCGUCGAAAGCUUUUCUCAGUGACAGCGAAACCUCCGGAUCCCGAAAUCGUCCCAUCUGUGCGAUCUGGAUCCUUUGUUUAGUGCGUCCAUUUUGUGAAAGCAAGUCGGGUUUCUCACGCAAAAUUCGACAUCUUGGUCUGUGAUACAACGAGACUUUAUGUUCAUUUUCCGCUGCAAAGACUCAACAGUUGCGAAGUGUGUCAGUGCAGCAAUGGCGCGGAAGAAUUCGGACGGGAACCCCCGCGGUCGCCCCCGGGGCGCCACCCCCCGACACAGCCCCGUGAGAAGCGGCGUUGCCGCCUCGCCCACGGGCGCCGGGCACUAUGCGGGCUGCAAGUGGACCGAGCCGCCCCUGCCCUCAGCACUGCCCCCGCCGCCCCAGCACUGGAUGCAGGCGCCCCACUCGCACUCGCUGCCCUUCAGGCAACCGAAGCCGGAGCAGCAAGACAUCGACGCCCAGCUCAAGGUGCUGCUCAAGGUGCAGGCCUGACCUGAGACAAGUCGAAGGUGCCACCUCAAGAGACAUUUGAUAUCUUUAUAUAUAAAUUUACGACGAGUGAACUAUUGAGGACUACUGAACACUAAUUUUAAGUCUGUUGGUAGCGAGUGAACACGACAAUACUAAAUUCCGGUUAUUUUUAUUACGCCUAAGGACGGUACUACAAUCGAGAUGGUCCUGGUUUCGUACAAUUCCAGAUUGUCCUGUUCAGCCGCGCUGUGAUACACAAUCACUACUCACAAAACCAGUGAUUGUAUUAGAGUGUAGAUAUAUAUUAUAGUUUUAACUUUUACUUAAGUCUAUUUCUGAAUGUGAUUUUUUUCAACUGUUGAAAAUUGUAAGAAGAGAAAUUUGAGUUUGUAUUUGUGAUUGUGAGCAGUGCUCAAAUAAGUGUCACGAUAUAUGUUUAGUUCGUAAUACUCUGCAAUAACAAAGUAGCAUCCAUAUCUAGUCUCGUGCUUCGGCCGCUUUGUAAUGUUGGCCCCCCACCCCUAUGGAUUUUACCAUAGGACGACUGAACUGGACCAAUAUUACAAACGCUGCUGAUGCACAAAAACAAAGCUUUAAGUAAUUAUAGGUACGGAGAUCAUUAAGUCAAUUUAAAUUGGUAUCAACAGUAUGGAUAACAGUACAAAUUAUUGGAUGCUAUUUUGAUAUCCAAACAGAAUUAUAAAAACAUCUAAAUGAUCCGUCAAUUAUGACGUGUAUUUUUGUUAAAACGCAGUACAAAUGUGUAAUCACUCUUAAACUAAGAAGAUUCAUAAUAGUUAUAAGAUGUACAAUUCAACACCUUCGAUCUACACAUCAUGACAAAAGGAAUUUUGUAAAUGCAUUGUGAAAUCUCCCCUCCAUUGUAUCGUUGAAUUGUACAUCACUUGCAGAAACUUCAUCAUUCAAAUUGUUUGAGGCAAACGAGAUGCAAAAGUCUUCCAAAAUGCCUGGGUAACAAGUUGCAGUGAUGUGCAAUAUUAUUGUCCUAAAUUUAUGUUUCAGUUUGGUGAUAAAAUUUUUAUGUAUUAGAGAUUCUAUUUAUGUUUCUUCAGAAUUAUAUUUUUGUUCACGCACAAAAUCCAUACCAAAUUUGUUAACUUCACACUUUUAUCAGAGGGGUACUAGGAUCUCUAAUUUAGUUUACGUUAAGUUUUAAUUAGGAAUCUCAGAUCUCAUGCGUUCACUUCAAGAGUCAUUACUAGCAAUAUGUAUUUUAACUGUAAACAAAAAAAAUCAUGUAUAUUUCAUCUCCAUCCUAAAAUCUGUGAUACCUCGUUCCUAUCCCUCAAUAAAAUAUCCCAUUUAACCCAGAUUUUCCCUGAACCCUUCCCAUCCCGAACUCCUUCCUGGGGGUCAAACCCCGCCAAAUAUUUCGCACAAGAGAUUUCGCAAACUUCGAAAAUGUCUAAAUACGAACUUUGAUUUUAUAUUA